AUGUCAUUACCAUUACCUUCUUUUCCAAAUCAUUCAUCACCUGCGUUAUCAUCGUCACAUUCGUCAUCAACGAUGACACCUACACCUUCAACUUAUCAACAACAAAACAAUCUACGCGUAAAUACAGAUUUUCACAACAGUACCAAUAGCAGAUUAAGAUCAAACUCAGCAUUAUCACCUAGACCUACACCGGAUUCGUUAAGUCCCAUAAAUACUAAUCUUGGAGGAGGAAGUGGUAUGCAUGGAUCAUCAAGAUCAUUGGGUUCAUCUCUGAAUGAUUAUACAUCUUCAACAGGGAAAGGAGACGGAAUUUCUGUUUCCCAAUUAUCAUCUGUCUUGGAUGAAGAAGAUAAGAAUGAUGUCAUACUAGCCAUACGUGGCUUGAGAGGAGGAGGAUCUUCUCCUUCUCCUUCAACCUCAAGAACCCCAAGUCAUAAUGGUAAAAUAAGAAAUGGUGCGAUCAAUUCACCUGUAUCAUCAGGUGCAAAUCAGAAUGGAAACGGUCCCCCACCGACUGAAGAGUUCAUCUUAAACAAGAUUAAUGAUAUAGCUCAGAAUUCGAAAGAUGAAGGUGAUACUCUGGAUAUCAGUAGGCAAAAUAUGAAUAAAAUCAGUGACAAGAUGGUCGACCUCUUUAUCAGAGGAGUGGGUAAAAACAAAAGAGGUGUUUGGAGACUCGCAUUGUCAUACAACGGUCUUACGAAUGACUCGAUUGCGGAUUCUUUCUCUUCGCUGUCCAGAUUAAGAUAUCUGAACCUGAAAGGGAACUACUUGACUGAAUUCCCAAAGCCCAUUACUGAAAUAGCCAGUUUAGAGAUUCUGGAUUUGUCCAAGAACAAAAUAUCUGGUUUCCCUGAACAGCCUGGAAGAUUAAAUAAACUCAAAGUGCUUUCACUCACCAACAAUAAAAUAUACACCUUACCUGGAUACAUGGUAGAUUUCACAAGCCUGAAAGUAUUCAAGGUAGAUCAAAAUCCUGUUGAAUGGCCUCCAAAAGAAGUCCUCGGUCCCCUUGCCGAGAGUGCAGAUCCAUCGAGAUCGAAAAAUACUGAAGCUAGCUCUAUGAACGGAGGCAAAGACAGGAAGGAUGAAGAUUUACGACCGUGGAUAGAGAAUAUGAAGAGCUGGAUGAGACAAAGAGCGGUAGAAUCAGAAAGGCUGUUACAGCAAGCUGAAGAUAUGAAUCGGGUCAUAGACGAUGAGCCUCUUAGUGCUACCUCGAUGACCACAUCCGUGUCUGCUAGAUCUUUCGACUCGCAGAUGGGCUCUCCCAAGGUCACAUUCCCUGCCCAGGAAACUGUCAAGCGAGCGGCGCUCACGUACCAGUAUGAUAACGCACAACCACACACUCCUACGCGCCCAUACAUAGCAGGCCGUGAUCGAUCAGCGACUUUGUCAGACGAUGCCCUCGCACGCAGCUUUUCCCCGGGACCUAGUCAAUACUCCCCUUAUCGCCCUCGCCAUAAUCGAGAACAAUCCUCCUCAUCGUUCACUUCCCCUCCAUCAGCGUCUACUGAAUCUUCCGCUCAUUCCCGCAUGCCAUCUGGUAGCCUGCCUCACCCGCCUGUUCUCCCAACCGGCCAGGGUCAUUCACGAGGAGCAAGCUAUACAACCACUCAACGGUUGAGUGGGAACCUCACCGUCAAGAAGUCUCUGCCUGAUCUGAGACAGAGUCACGCGCAAAUCAUCCAAGAUAGGAGAAAUGAAGGACAAUCUACCGAAGAAAACCGUCCCUUGGGUUUGGGAAUAGCUGCUCCGGGAGUACCAAAAUUCCAGCUUCCAGGUCGAGGCUGGGCAGGUGAUAUGAUGCGAUCACCAACCGAUGGUCCAACAUUAUCGGGACAUGAGCGAAGUAGAGUGAUGAACCGAAAGGGUUCGAUCGAGAUGAUUCGAAGAACAUCGGGAGAUAUGAGCGCUCAAGUAGCGGAGAAACGAAACAGUCAAGAUGGACCUCAAAUCGAUGAGUCGAAGAAUUCUUACUUCCGUCGAUUGAGUACAUUGCCCGUCUCAACUAUAUCAAAAACGAUACCUGCUGCUCUACUCAAAUUCAUCGAUGCUGUACGAGGCAUUUUAUAUGCUCUGUCGCAACUUCAUUCAGCGCUACGCCAAUAUCUCGUUUUCGCGGUCAACGAGCGAAUAGCAAGUGUUUUUUCCAGAGUCAUGGAACCCGCUGGAAACUAUAUGAACAACCUCAUCAACGCUUUGGAUCGAUUCGACUCGAUGUCAAGGAGGAAUACGCCUCCCGUACAUGCUAUACGAAGCGUUAUCGAAGCUGCGAAAGAGAGUGUGGCUGUGUUUGCAAAAGUGAUGGCUGUGUUGAGGAUGCAAAUCCCCGCACUGAAAAGUAACGAUGUCAGAUAUACCCGAACGUUGUUGACGAUGAUUUAUGGAUCAAUGGCGGAAGUCGCUUGUUCUUGGCGAAAUAUGGCACCUCUUUUAGUAGAAAUCAGGCCAUUAUUGGUGAUAGAUGUAGGCGGAUUAGCUAUGAGAUCUCUGGGCGGAGUGAAGAUGGCUCCUACUGCAUCGUUGAGUGGUCGCACACCGAUCUCACCGAUCAUAGAAAGAAGAGAAUCGCAAUCUCCAGCUUCCGUAUCGAAAUCGACUGUAGGAGGUUCACCACUGGUACCUCAAGUAGAAGAGUCGCCGGCGCCAGCGAGCACCAAUGCUGCCAGUCUAAGGACAAUGGGAAGGACGAGAAGACAAGCUGGAUCCUUCUCUUCACUGGAUGUGGAAAAAGGCAUGUUGAUGGGCUCACCUGGUGGAACGAAAGCAGCCGAACUAGCUACAGACCAGUUGUCUACACCUGGAUCGUAUCUUCGACAUCGUCCUUCAGAAUCUGCAACAAUCGUACUUGAUCAACAAGCAGAAGAAUCAGAAGAUGAGAUUGAAGCUCCCCCACCACCUCCCUUCCCAGUCAGCACAACAUCGCCAAAUGGAACACCCUUCACUGUACCAGGCACACCACCAGACGUCAUGCCCUCCCAUCAUCCUAUCGCAAUGGUCCCCACUCACUCCAGACAAGGAAACCAUCAUCCAUCUUCUUCAUCAGGAUCAAGUCAUGCGUUAUCUUUUGCAACCGGUAAUCCUCCACCGCCGACUCGGAAACUCUCAGUGGACGUUCGACCACCCACGCCGUCCUCAGCGAGUGUCUUCGAUGAAGAUUUGCUUGAUGUCAUUGAGACCGCAACAGAUAUCGCUUUUACUUGCUGGUUAAAAUUAGCUGAAGAUGUUGGAGCUUCUUCACCACCUUUCAGUAACGGUCCAACAAUCCAUCAGAAAUCAGGUUCGCAAUCCUCCAUAUUGAGCAAUGCUGAAUCAGCUAGACUGGGUCAUCAUCCAUUUACUCCUAUCGAUAAUCCUCGUCGACCACCGACGAUAUCGCUCAAGCAUCACUCCGAAUUGUUACACCUGUUAUCUAUUGCCGAACAAACCACAGCUGGAUUAAGGGAAUCAUUGAUGGGACUAAGAGCGAACCCGACCACUUAUACCACGACGACAUUAUCUGAUGAUGCACAGGCAUUCAUAAAAACAGUGGUUCAAGUUUCUGUAUUGGUGAAAACGAUUUCCGCAACUCAUAAUUUCCCAAUGAACGUUAGACAAGCGUGUAGUAGAUUGACUCAAUCGACAAGGGAAUGUGCGAUCUUGAUUCAAGUUUCAAGUUUGAGACCAACGAGUUCAACCCCUUCCGGAAUAACUAUGGGGAUACCAAUGUCAGCUAACAAUACGAAUAGUAGACCAUUAUCACCUAUGUAUCCCUCUUCAAGAUCACAAGAAGAUUUAGGUAUCAUACCGCAUUCGGCAGGAUAUAACAACUCCACAAUGAGUACACCUUGGGAUCCAAAUCAUAAUCAACGGGAAGGCUUAAGAGGUUUACAGUUGCCUUCAAGACAAAUGGCUUUAGGUAGAAAUAGAUCUGCAAAUCCCGUUCCUCCAAUCAAUGGCAAUACCAAUAAUACCACCAUGCAAAAUCAAAAUCAGAAUAGAUAUGGGGAUCAUCCAAGAAGUGCUCAACCUAGUCAAGUGGCUUUCUAA